AAAUAUCAAUAUACAAUAUUAAUGAGCAGAAAAUGUGUAAUUAUGAACUUAUUGGUAUGCGUCGUAUAAACAGAAACUUGUUAUGUUAAGUAAUAAUGUAAAAUUAAAAUGAAGAUAUCAAGGUUCAGGAAUGAAAGUUAAAGUCAUUUUAUCGAUACAAGGUCAUGUAAACAAAGUCAGGUUUUUGUACUUUGAUCGGCAAUCGGCUACGCAGACGUCUGUCCACGUAAAGAUAAUGAUACAACAAUAAACACACCGACGAGGUUAAAGUAUAUAGGUGCUACCAAGAGUGGUGGGACUGGCUGUAUUAUCGAUGUAGCUGAUUCAUCGAAUGGUGGACUUGCCCCACUACCUGUUCCACCUUUAUGUGCUUUAUAUCUAAAGUGAACGCAGAAGAGAACGCCUCGUAAAAAGUAGUUAAAUUUUUUAUCGUUCUCGUGCAACAGAAAGAAUGGCACCAUCCCUUAGUAAAUUUGCAUCCAGACGUACGGUGGCUGGUGCCUGUGCAUUAGCUGCUUUAAUAUGGAUUCUUAAAAAAAGAGGCAAGAAGCAAGUACAAAAAUGCAGAAAUGUGUGGCCUGCCAAUGACAUUCAGUAUGUUAUUAAAGAGGAAAAACCAAAAAAUCCAAAGGCUUAUGUAAAUGCAAGAUUUUUCCGACAAUUACGUAAAUUGCUUAAAAUUGGUAUACCUUCAGUUGCGUCUACUGAAUUUGGAUUUGUUCUCGUUAUCGCUGCUUCGCUUGUCGCAAGAUCCAUUUGUGAUCUUUGGAUGAUAAAUAUAGGUACCCUGAUUGAAUCGUCAAUCGUCAACAUGGAUGUAUCUAUAUUCAAAAGAAGAUUGUUUAAGUUCUUAACUCUACUGCCUUUGAUAUCUAUUGUGAACAACGUACUGAAAUAUGGUAUAUUCGAAAUGAAGUUGAGGUUACGUACAAAUAUCACACGAAACUUGAUGGAUCAAUAUCUCAAAGGAUUUACAUAUUACAAAAUGAGCAACUUAGACAGUCGUAUAGCAAAUCCAGAUCAACUUUUAACUACGGAUGUUGAUAAAUUUUGUGAAAGUUGCACAGACCUCUAUAGCAAUGUUGCAAAACCUUUGUUAGAUAUCGUUAUUUAUGUGUAUAGGCUAACAACUAACCUUGGCGGUCAGACGCCGCUAAUUAUGCUUUCUUAUCUUGUAUUUGCCGGAACGAUAUUAACUCAUUUGCGUAGACCUAUCGGGCAAAUGACGGUAAAAGAACAACGGCUCGAAGGUGAAUAUCGUCACAUCAAUUCACGUUUAAUUACAAAUUCCGAGGAGAUUGCAUUUUAUCAAGGAAACAAUAGAGAAAAAUUAACCUUAUUGACUAGUUUUCAUAAACUCGUGACACAUCUCCGCAAGUGUUUAGAAUUCAAAACACUAAUAGGAAUAAUAGAUAAUUUCGUUGGCAAAUACGUGGCAACGAUAGUUGGUUUCUAUGCAGUUAGCAUACCAUUUUUCCAAAAAAAUCAUCCUGUCCUCUCAGGAACGGCGGAUCAUCGAUUUAAGAAUUAUUAUACAUAUGGUAGAAUGUUGGUAAAACUAGCGGAAGCGAUAGGCAGAUUAGUUCUAGCUGGAAGAGAAUUGACCAAACUAGCAGGAUACACGGCCAGAGUCACUGAAAUAAAAGAAGUUCUUGACGAUCUAAACGCAGGAAAAUACGAAAGGACUAUGAUAUCCGAUUUCAAAGACGAACCUAUUGGAAGUCCCGGGGCAGGGAAAAUAGUUACCAAAGAUAACGUUAUACGAUUCGAUUGUGUACCUUUGAUUACUCCUAACGGAGAUAUUCUUGUCAGAGAACUAUCGUUUGAAGUGAAAUCUGGAAUAAAUGUACUGGUGUGUGGGCCAAACGGUUGUGGAAAAAGUUCUCUCUUCAGAAUUCUUGGAGAAUUAUGGCCAGUUUGGAGUGGAACAGUUACGAAACCUCCUCGUGGAAAGCUCUUUUACAUACCGCAACGUCCUUACAUGACGUUAGGUACUCUGAGGGAUCAAGUAAUUUAUCCCCAUACGAAGCAAGAAAUGAUGAGACGUGGACAAAUGACGGACGAGGACCUGAAGAAAUUGUUAAAUCUCGUACAGUUGAGUCAUUUGUUGGAAAGAGAAAAUUUCACAUCCAGCGAAGGACAAGGUUGGGACGUGGUGGCUGACUGGAUGGAUGUUCUAUCGGGUGGCGAAAAGCAACGCAUAGCGAUGGCUCGACUUUUCUAUCACAAGCCACAGUUUGCGAUUCUCGAUGAAUGCACAAGUGCUGUUAGCAUGGACGUUGAAGAUUCUAUGUAUUCGUAUUGCAGACAAGCAAAUAUUACAUUGUUCACAGUCUCGCAUCGACGAUCGCUUUGGAAACAUCACGAGUAUUACUUACAAAUGGAUGGAAGAGGAAAUUACGAAUUCAAACCUAUCGAGUCAGAUACCGAAGAAUUUGGAUCGUGAAUGUUCGUGUCCCUUGCAUCGAAUAAUACUUGCCAAAAUGCAAGGGACGCCGACGUUACGUUUCGAUAAUUCAAGUAAUUUAAAUGUACAUCCGCAGUGUACAGCAUUAUACAUGGUGAGUUACUUAAUUUGACUACCCUAAAUUAUUUGUAAAGUGUAUUUAAAUUGCAAGUAAUUCAAGGUGGUUCCAGUCAGCUGACUCAUCCUGUAUAUGUAUCAUAUGUAUUGAGUGUUAAACAAUGCAUAGAUUUACAAGAAUUGUGUACAUGAUUGUAUAUUUUUAUAUUGAUGUUUUUUUUAUAAAAUAUGAAAAAUAACGUAAAAAAAACGCUAGUGUACACUGCAGCAGGCCUUAAUCUACUUGGCCUAUUUUACGGAUAUAUUAAAAAUGUUAAUAUAUUAAUAUAUAUUUUUCCAGUACUGUCAAAAGGAGAAAAGCUGUAAUGACAAUUUUCUUUCUCUUUGAUUUAAGAUUUAUCUAUCGUACAAGUAACAUAUUUUUGAUACUUAACGAUUUUCCAAGAUUCCAAUACCAUUUCUACCAUCCACGAAUGGUAAACAUAUUACACAUUACAAAAUUUAACAAAAAAGGGGUUACAGUUUUUAAAAUGAUUUUUUAUUUGAAUAAUAUAAUUAUUAUUUGUUAUGUGUAGAUCACAUUGUAUAAGAAUUGCGGAGUAUAUAUAUAUAUAUAUAUAUUGGAUUGCUGGACAAUAAAGAAUGUGUAAUAAAGUCUAUGAUGAUUAAACAAGUUAUUUGUACCAUAUGCAUAGAAGAUAAUAGAAUUAUUAUUUGCUAAAAGGCUAUUCUUCGUUAAAAAACGCGCGCAUAGUUCGAGUAUGUGGCGCUGGUUCAAGUUCGAGCCGCCAUAUUGGUUAACCGUUGAUCAGGUCGGAGAAGCUCGGCCGGGUCUGGGAACCUGGCAGAAGUCCGGGCUUUUGGCUAUUCAGUUGCUAGUCGCUGGCGGUAGGGGUACGGAGCAGGUACGAGUGGCUGAGGGACGGCUGGUGGUGAGUGUGUGUGCGUGAAAAAGAUAAGAAUAAAGCAAAGUUAUAUCGAGAGAGGAAAAAGAAAGAAAUCAUUGUGUGUCAGAGUGGGAAAAAAAAAAGAAA